GUUUGAGUGCAGCAAAGCUGUUGAAAGCCAACGGGCUGAGCCCUGUAGUCCUGGAGGCCAGGGAUCGCGUCGGCGGUCGCACCUUCACUGUGCGGAAUAAGGAGACAAAGUGGGUCGACCUGGGCGGGGCUUACAUCGGCCCAACUCAGAACCGCAUCCUCCGAUUGGCCAAAGAGUACGGCAUUCAGACCUACAAAGUCAACGAGCAGGAGAGCCUGGUGCAUUACGUCAAU